CCAGCCUGCAUCUGGCCCGCUCCCCUCUCUGUCACCCCGGGCCAAACCCGCCCCAUCGUCCCUCACUCACUCUCCGCCUGUUCUCCCGCACGGCUCGGCUCGGACACACGCAGGCAGCACUUACGCACAACACACGGACACGCAAUGGAGACGGAAGGGAGCCAGAGCAGCCUGUCCAGCACGGACUCCCCCCACGACCCCUGCAAAAUGUUCAUAGGUGGACUCAGCUGGCAAACAACACAAGAGGGUCUGAAGGAGUACUUCUGCAAGUACGGCGAGGUGAAGGAGUGUAUGGUGAUGCGAGAUCCAGUUACUAAGCGCUCGAGAGGGUUUGGAUUCGUCACCUUUGUUGAUCAGGCCGGCGUGGAUAAAGUUUUGGCCCAAACCAGGCACGAGUUGGACUCAAAAACAAUCGACCCAAAGGUGGCUUUCCCUCGCAGAGCUCAGCCCAAGUUAGUGACUCGAACCAAGAAGAUAUUUGUGGGCGGUCUGUCCGUGAACACGACCAUCGAGGACGUGAAACAGUACUUCGACCAGUUUGGGAAGGUCGACGAUGCCAUGCUCAUGUUCGACAAGACCACCAACAGACACAGAGGGUUCGGAUUUGUGACGUUUGAAAACGAGGAUGUGGUCGAGAAAGUCUGCGAGAUCCACUUCCAUGAGAUCAACAACAAAAUGGUGGAGUGUAAGAAAGCUCAGCCCAAGGAGGUGAUGUCCCCUACGGGCUCAGCCAGGGGGCGCUCUCGUGUGAUGCCCUAUGGGAUGGACGCCUUCAUGCUGGGCAUCGGUAUGCUAGGUUAUCCAGGUUUCCAGACGGCCACCUACACCAGCCGGAGCUACGCUGGCAUCACUCCUGGAUAUACCUUCCAGUAUCCGGAGUUCCACUUAGAGAGGACUCCCCUUCUGACUUCACCCCAUCCCCCUGAGCUCACAGCCAUUCCUCUGACAGCAUAUGGACCAAUGGCAGCAGCAGCAGCGGCAGCAGCAGUAGUUAGAGGCUCUACCCCGUCUCGCACAGCUGGAUUUUUAGGUACGAGCAGCCCGGGGCCGAUGGCCGACCUUUAUGGGAGCGGUCAGGAGUCGGCAGUCAGCAGUUACCUCAGCGCCGCAAGCCCCGCCCCCAACGCUGGAUUCGGCCACGGUUUGGGGCUGUGUGCCGUCAUGACUCCGGGGCCCUUUGAUCGCUACGGCCUUCACUAACGGCUAUCACUGAGACAGCUGUAGACAAAGAGCUGGUGGGAGUUGAAGCUGCUCUGGAGCUGAUCUGCCCAGGUCUCUGCCCCCCUGUCGGGCGGAGCAGCUGAACUUCCACCCGGUGUCAGCCUGCCACCCUGCUGACACCUCACUAAACUCCACCUCCUGAGGGAAAAAAAGUUCAUAAAAGGAGCGAAAAGUCACUUCAUGUAAUAGCAACACAUACAGAUGCUGUAUUUUUUUAGUCUUUUUUUUUCUGUUGUUAUGUUUCACCUUACUGUUUUUGUUGUUGUUGUGAUGGUUGUUUCUUUAUCUGUUUUGUUUUAUUGGGUUGUAUUUGAACCUGAUCUAUCUGAGAUAAGAGGAGAAAAAAGAAAUCUCCAGGAUCUGUAAUUUGUACUGGAAAAACUGUAUAUUUCUCAGUAGUUCAUACUGAAUUUAACAAAACAUUUGUGAUUAAUACUAUUUCUUGAAAAUGUGUCACAAAGUGUAUAUCUUGGUAGUUUUUUAACAAAGACUUGUUACACUAAUAAUGGUCAAAUGUCAUUAGUUGCAGUUACAUAUUAGGCCUACAUGAGCUGUACAAUUGUAAAAUAUUGUAAAUACGACUCUGGUUUUGGGGGGGGUGGGGGCUCCGCUAAAGUUUGUUUUGUGGGAGGUGGGAGGCUUUUUGAGGAAUAAUAAUACGAUUGCUUUUUUCAUCAAAGCGUAUGUGUUGGAAAGCUUGACUGUUACGUAUCAUAGUUUCACAUGAAGGUCAAAAACAUGUCAGUAUGUUUGUCAAUAUUAAACCAGCCACAUACUGUAUUUCUCUCCAGGCAUUUUAUAAAGGAUGUGUCAUUUCAAUCUGUGUUAAAACACCUUGAGUUCAGCAGGAGAGAGGCUGCAACAACACUUUUACUUUUUGGGGAUAAAUGCGUGUGAAAAUGCUCUUCUUUCAGAAGGGGAGAUUAAAACGUGCUGAUUUCUUACUUUGUCAUAUUGCUGUUUUAACUGUGAUUUUCAAUAUGUGAUGAUUGUUUGUCAAUGAAAAUGAAGGAGUAGUGUGCAGGAGCGGUCGAGCAGAGCGAAAUCUGUAAUGACUGCUCCGCUCUGCAGGUUGUGUUGAUGUUUGCGUGACAUAUGGUCUUAUACACAUUGGUUUCCAAUGUGCCAUGUGCUGUUUUAUUGGGGCGGAUGGUACCUCAGUUUCAAAUGUGAAAUUUUAAUCUGACUUUUUGUAUUAUUACAUUAACAUCAAGUGUGGAUGGUUGCACCUUUUUAGAAGGUGGCUUUCCUACAGGAAAGGAGGGGGGUCUAAUUAACUCAUCCACCCUCAAAUCAAUCACUGCAUAUCCACUGGAUGUCACAGACUGUAGCAAUGUGACAGCUUUUUUUAGACCAAAACCAUUAUGUUCAGAGCUACUAGGACUUUGCACUGGCCGAUCACGAUACAUGUUUUCCUUCGAACGUUAGAAGCGUAAGAACAAAGCACUCUCGAUCUACGAAGUACCAGGUUUCUCAUUUUGAUACACUCGCUCUCACUGCUGCGGGCUACCACGGUAGUUCAUACUUUGAUGCUGUUUUCACUGAAAAAUAACAAUCUUGUCAACACUGUAACAUUUUUUGAUUUUCUUUUUCCUGUCAUGUUUAUUCCUUUGAAAAAAAAACCUUUUUAAAAUUCCUAAUAAAUUAUUU